AUGAGUCAUGACCAACGACCACCAACCCAAACCAACCAACUAACCACCACCUCACCUCAGUUGACGGCCAUGGACAACAGCAAGGACAAACAGGUUAUCGUCGAGCCAUCAGAUUCAUAUCAAAUCCCACCAGAAUACCAAGUCUAUCUUGACCCGAAUUUUGAUCCCCAGGAAUUUGCUAAUUCGGUCCUCAAUAACGAACCCUACCAUUCCACGGACAUCUCCCAAUUCGCAUCCGGAGAUGUGAGCUCGGUACUCUCGAAAUUGAACUUGGGAAUCGAGGACAUCACGAAGCAAAUCAGAUCCCAAGUCACAACUCACCAUCUUAAAUUGCUCACCAAGGCAAGCUCGGUUGCAUCGCUCGAUCGACCACUCCAAUCCGUCAAGAAUGCUCUCCAGCAACUCGAAGCUAACCUCGAAAGGCUGAACAAGAAGAUCGGAAACCGUCAUGCGACUCUUGAAGACGCUCUUGGUAGAUUGGAUCGCUACCAGGCUGCGGCAGAACUCUCAAGGAAAACCAGUCGGUUUGUCACCCUGGCCAAGCGACUCGAAGCUCAGAUUGCCGAGCUGGAUCUCAAUCCACUCAACCAACGAGACAACAAUCCAGAUAACUCUCAAAAGGAUUCAUCGACCUCCACAUCUAGGGAUCAACACGAGCUCGUCUUGGCCGAAAGCGCCCUGACCUUGUCCGAGCUAGAGAAGCUACUCGACUCCGAGCUCGAGACAGCAUCAGUCGAGGCGACGAGCCCAACCGAAGCGAGCCCACAAACGGUGUGCUCGAUCCGAUCACUAACGGCGAUCCAGCCACACGUCCAGGCGAUCGUCUUGGCCCGGAAGAAGGUAGAGGAGCAGAUGACGAGGAUCCUGAACCAAGGACUCGUCCAACUCGACCGCUCCAUGUUAUCCUCCUCCUUCCAGACCGCCUACAACCUCUCAAUCCUGGACCGCUCAGUGGGAUCGAUGAUCUUCGAACUCACCGAGCUCAUCAGCAAGAGGAUCAAGCUUGCCUUCGACCUUAAUUCCUUAGCCAGGGAAGCCGGAGCAAACGAUCCCCAACCAACAUCCAGUUUCGGCUACAAAUCACGCGCAAGAACUGAGCCCACAUCUGCCACUUUACCACAUUGGACAAGUGCAUUAUGGAGCCGACUAGAAGGAUUGAUCGAUGAUCUAAGCACUUGCUGUGUCAAGGUUUACACACUCGAAAAGGUCUUGGAAUGGAAGAAGGAUCCGAUCACUGGUGUCCCAUUUUUAGAGGUCGUCACCAACCAUGGGUCUAUGUUGGAAGAACGACCUAGCACUGUGUUUUGGACUACACUCAGUGGUGCUUUGAGCAAGGAGACUCGCGAAACUUUGAGAACUUCAAACUUCAUAGCACAAACCCUGACAGCAAAUUACCCACAUCUAUUGCGUCUCUUCCAAGAAUUUUUCUCGCGGAUCUCGUUACAUACACACACAAUCUAUAAUUCGAGUACUCAAUCACCGGAGACGAUCCUGACCCUUCGGGCGGUUCUACCACUGGAAAACAUUUACUUGAAUCGGUCGAUGAAUAAGAUGACCGAAGCGGGUAGUGGACGGGCCGAUAAAUUGACGACCGUACUCGCCAAUGAGUUGGAUGCUGCUAGAUUCGAUCCUUUGUUGGUCCGUUCGGUGGCUAGGAAAGCGAAAGAGGUCGUCGAGAAUUAUCUUAAACGAAUCGAGAAUAAGAUUGUGACGGAUUAUCAGUCGACUUCAUUGGUUGGACCCGUCGCCACCUCUUCCCAAAUCACCAACAUUGAGAUCUUCAACAAUCUAUCAGAGCUCUCGCGGAUCCUCACCCGAUCCAUGCAAGAUUACCCGGACGAGAUCAAGAAGAUCAUGGAGCCUUCGAUCACGUUAACCGAGAAGAUUUGCGAAGGGAUCAUCAGUCCGAUCUUAGUCUCCAUCCAACGCGAACUCAACAUGAUUAUCGCCAAGAUGCAUAAUCAAUUCCGGCCUAGUACGGCCAAUGGUGGGAGUAUCUAUAUGCAAGAGUUGAGGGCCAAGUUGGCUCUCGUUCGUCAUGAGAUCCUGGCCCGUUUAGAUGCCAGUCAUUUAGAGCCGAUCCUACUCGAGUUGACAGUCGAGAUCCUCCGGAGCUUCAUGUUCCAUGCGAGUCUGAUGAGCCCAUUAACGGAGACAGUCAAGCUACGACUAGCAGGGGAGCUAGCGGAGUUAGAGUUCGAGGUCUCGCAGUUCCUGGCUCAUGAGACUCAGGGAGGACGACGGAUGUCGGGGCCGGGGACGUUUCUGAGCGCGCCUGGAUCGACGGAGGUGAUGGAUGAGAAGGGAGAUAGUAGGGAAGAAGAAGGUCGGAUGGAGGUGACGGUCCAACUCGAUAACCUGAAGAUCUUUCGGCAACUCUUGUUCGCCGAUCGGCCCUCUGAAGUCGACAAUCUGCUCCGACAAUCCUCGCUCGAUAGACUCCAUAUCAUCCACCAUCUCUUUGUCAGAUCUCAAUCCGAACUUGACAGUAAUAGUAAUGAUACUUCCACCGAGGAUCAUCAAGAGAUCCUCCUCAUCCAUCAACGUAAUGCUUGGUCUCCUGCCGAAUACGCGCGUUGGGUCCUCGAAUAUCGUCGCUCUAAUAUGGCUCUUGAGCCUCUUAAUAUCUUGAGAUCUUUUCUCGUCGAGUUCCUGGAUUCUUCUUCGACCUCUUCUGAUUCUUCUCUUCAGUGGCUCCAUUUGGCUCGUC